GCUCGCUCGCAGUGCUUUCGCGGGCGGCGUUCGAGACGGGCGUGUUGUCGUUUGGCUCCUGUUUGGAUGUGCAUUAUACGCCGGUUCUUGUGGAUGCUCGACUGUUCUUGGAUGAUGUGUGUAUUUUCAACAUGUGGAUUUCAUCUGUGAUUUUGAUUUGCUAAAGGCAUCGUCUGCUUUAGGAUAUUCGUCUGCCAACGUUGUGGUGUGUUAGCAGGAGUCACUUGUUUGAAUGUUGGUGCGACCCUCUUGAACGGGCCUGUGUAUCAGUCACUCCUGACAUAAGUCGUGACAAAGUUGUUGUGUGUUUUGAGGAACAACAACUCCUCCAGCGACUCGUGGUGCUUCGUCAGCGUAGCGUCUAAAAUCCUUGGAUUUGCGUAUGUUCUCCGAUCUCAGGAUUUGAAAACUUCUGUCUUUCGUGAGGCAAGCAUGAUGACACCGUGAGGGGUCGAGCUAAACGCAAGUCGGCAGCUUUGCAAGGUUCGGCGUGAAUGGUUGAUUUCCGAUUCGCAAGAUGACGUGCAGGUGACCUGUGGGUUCACCUUUCCAAGCGAUGUCGCCGCGACUGCGACGCCGGACGCGUGCCCGACGCAGGCCGUCGGGCAUGUCCUGGCUUCUGCUCUCGGUGGCCGUGCUUCUGCAGACGGCGUCCCUCGUCCGAGGCGGCGUUCAGCGGCUAGACGCCGUGCCCGAGGCCACGUACACCACGUUCAACGAGAGCGUCAAUUUCACCCACUUGGCGCUGAAUCGGCAAACGGGGCGGCUAUACGUCGGAGCCGUGAAUUGGCUGUACCAGUUCAAUGCCUCGCUUGCCCUGGAGGCCGAAGUGACGACGGGGCCAGUUGAGGAUAACGUGUUGUGCUCCGCCUCUGAUUGUACAGGAUACGCAACUGUGCCUACGAAUAAUGUUAAUAAGGUCCUACUCAUAGACUUGCCCACGGACAAGCUGCUCGUAUGUGGCAGCGUCCACCAGGGCGCCUGCCAGCGCCACCAGCUUUCCGACAUCGCCAAACAAGACCCUCUAGUCCCAGUUCCCGUCGCUGCCAACGAUGAGAAUUCCUCCACCUUCGCAUUCGUCGCGCCUACCCACUAUCCCGGCAAGAAGGGCGCCAACCGUGCCCUCUACGUUGCAACUACGAACUCUCGGCUCGGGCCGUACCGCGACAUGGUCCCCGCCAUCUGCACCAGGAGUCUCGUGGAUGGCAAACACACGGGGAUGUUUCAAAUCAUCGAAUCCGAAUCAUUCUCCUUCCCAUCAACGGCUCGAGUGGACAUCGCCAACCAGAUCAAAGACUACUACUUAGUUCACUACGUGUACGGAUUUUACACCCAAGAGCACGUCUACUUCGCUACCGUCCAAAGAAAGAGCCACUUGAGGGCGUCCGAAGAACUGGGAUACGUCAGCAGGCUAGCUCGCGUGUGCACGUCGGACCCGGCGUACAACAGUUACACUGAAGUGACGCUGCAGUGUCUGGGGCCCGACGGGUCGGACUACAACCUGUUGAUGGACGCGGUCGUCGUCGACGUCGGGGACGAUCUCGCCAAGGCCCUGCGGUUGCGGUCGGACGUUUCGGGAGUGGGAAAAAAAGUGCUGGUGGGGGUCUUUGCGCGGAGUGUGGAUCAUACGGCUAGACCCGGUGGCCAGGCGUCGGCGCUGUGUGUGUUUCCUUUGCGAGAUGUGGAGAGGAGGUUUACAGAGAAUAUUCACAUGUGCUACAACGGCAGUGUGACGAGCAGGAAUAUGGAUUACAUUGCUGGGAGUUUGCAGAGUUGCCCUGAGCCAGGGGAGAGCGGAAACGUGUUGAAUUUUUGCAACGAAACGCUCAAGCUGAACGGCAGCUCCGCAAUCUCAGUGGUGGCCAGUCUGGUCUUCAAGAACCUCACCCUCACUGCAGUUGCCGCCGCAACCACACCUCAGCACACGGUCGCCUUCCUCGGCACCAGCGCUGGCGCCCUUAAAAAGGUGUUCCUGACGAGUCACGGUCGCGCUGAAGACUUCGAAGAAGUGAGCAUAGACCCUGGCAAGCCCAUCCUCGCAGACAUGGAGGUGGAUACGACGGGCCAUUACGUCUACGUCGCAUCCCCCUACAAGAUCAGCAAGGUACGCGUGGACCGCUGCCAGCAGUACAACACAUGUGACCAGUGUCUACAAGCGAGGAAUCCUUACUGCGGAUGGUGCUCAUUGGAGAAAAGGUGCACGGUGCAGUCGGAGUGCCUGAACGCGUCCUCGGUGGCGGAACAGCGGAGUUCCUCUCGGUGGCUCUCUCUGGAUACCCAACAGUGCAUCGAUUUCCAGUCCAUCGCACCGGAGAAGCUUCCACGAACCGACCAGGCCACCGUCGAGAUCGCAAUCAACCAGCUGCCCCAGCUGCCCCGCGGUGCCCACUACGAGUGCGUCUUCGGUAAGACCGCCGCCCCCAUCCAGGCAAAGGCGACGAAGAACGGUCUGGCGUGCGACACGCCGGCCGUGAAGGACAGGCCUGCUAUACCUCCUGGAUCGGAUCACGUGGAAGUAACGUUGUACAUCCGCUCCAGCGAGACCAACACCGACUUUCUUCACAGGCCAUUCACUUUCUACGACUGUUCCGUCCACAAAACAUGCACGGCGUGCGUCACAAGCGCGUUCGCUUGCGAUUGGUGCUUCAGCCGCAACAAGUGCACGCACAACGGAACCUCGUGUCCACGUAACGUCAUCAGCGGGGAAAACAACCCCCAUAACGCCCUCGUGAAGGGUCGACAACACUGUCCAAGUUUCAGCGCGAACAAGGUGAUUCUUCUGCCUGACGGGGUGGCGUCUGAGGUCUCUGUGGAGGCACGGAAUCUUCCGAGUGCAACUGUGAGUGGAAAUGAAAAUUUCCAGUGCGUCUUUGAGAUCGAAGCGGUGAAACAGCGGGUGCCAGCAAGGAUUACGAGCAACAAGAUCGUUUGCGCUCAAGCUGUGCACUCAUACAAAAGCGAAGUCGCCGAACAGCAAGGAACGCUCACGGUACUCUGGAAUGAAGACACUUUCAUUGGCCAAACUAAUGUGACCCUGUACAAGUGCCAGCUUCUGGGAAGUCACGGUGCUCGGCCAGACUGCUCUCUUUGCCUCACAAGGGAUAAGAAGUAUCAGUGUGCCUGGUGUGGUGGAUCUUGCACCUACGCCUCUACCUGCGUGCAGCCGGUUACUACGACGUGCCCACCUCCCCGAAUAGACUGGAUCCAUCCGCUGAGCGGCCCGGUCGAAGGUGGUACACUUGUCACCAUAGAAGGCAGCAACUUGGGGACCACCAGAGAGGAAAUCUCUGACAAAAUCAAGAUCGGGGGAAUACCCUGCAUUCCAGUGGAGUACAGUGUUUCGGUUCGUGUUGUUUGCAUGACCGGAGCCAGCGAUGGUCAGCUGACUGCCGACGUGGUUAUCGGCAACCGUGCUGGACUGACGCAAGCCAAGGAGAAGUUUCAGUACAAAGAGAUAAGAGUCCGAGACCUCCAGCCUAAAACAGGGCCUCAGUCUGGUGGCACCAGGCUCUACAUCAGUGGAUCAAACCUUAAUGUGGGCAGUCACCUACAAGUGUUCCUUGACAAUCUGCCUUGUACUGUUGACAAAGCUCUUGCCAGUAACAGCCAGAUAUCUUGCAAGACAAGCAAGUCGACCAUUCCGUACUACAACGUGUCUCAACUGAUUCUGAAGAUUGACAAUGCCACACAAGUCAUUCCAAACCCCUUCAUGUACACCGAAGAUCCCACCAUCGUCAAGAUUUCGCCACUUAAGAGCUUCGUAAGUGGUGGACGAAAUGUGGUCGUAAUUGGCAGCAACCUGCACGCUGUGCAGCAACCGCGGAUCGCAGUGUUCUUUGAGGAUCAAGUGCUGAAUGAGACGGUGUGCGAAGUGCUGUCACCCACAGUGAUGUCCUGCCCGUCGCCGCCCAUCAACGCCGAGGCAUACCGAACUCCCCCGACAAACUCCAGGAGCAAGGGACGUUACCACGAAUCAAAUCCCCGGCACAGCAACGGGGGCGGAAGCUACACCAAUGACCAGGACGCCUCGGGGAGCGGUCGGGAUGAGUGGCGCUUUCGCGUGGGAUUUGCCAUGGACGACGUCUCUAGCGUGUGGGAGCUGCCACGAAACUUCCCAACCCUCCAUUCGGACUUGGUGUAUGUCGCGGACCCCCAGCUCUUUCCGUUUGAAGGAGACGGCAUGAAGCUGUACAAGGGAGAAUCCCUGGUGAUUGAGGGAGAAAACCUUCGUCUUGCGAGCACGGAAUCGGAAGUGAACGUUACGAUCGGCACAAGGCCUUGCAACAUCACGUCUCUUGCGAUGAACCAGCUUGUGUGCAUGCCACCCGAAGUGCAGCCGGCAGGCACAGAUGAGGUUGGCAGGUGGACUGACAACAGCUACCCCAUGGUUGUGGUCCGCAUCGGGAGCAACCUUCGCUUUGAAGUGGGAUACCUACGCUACGAAGUUACCAAGACCUACAACUUCCCGCCCGAAGCAGUGGGGGGCCUCAUCGCGGGCGUCGUGGCUGUCCUUCUCCUGAGCCUCAUCAUCGUCGUGGUUCUGCGACAUAAGAGCUCACAGGCGGAGCGGGAGUACAAGCGCAUCCAGCUGCAGAUGGACGACCUGGAGAAGAGCGUGCGCAUUGAAUGCAAGCAAGCUUUUGCCGAGCUUCAAACAGUUGUGACCGAUCUCACCAAUGACCUGCAGUCGGUGGGAAUUCCUACGCUGGACCAUCGCACUUACGUUACGAAGGUGUUCUUCCCGGGAAUCUACGACCAUCCAUUGCUCCAAGACAACAAGUUCAAGAAUAAUGGAAUCUACAGCAACUAUGAAGUGGCAAUGUCCCAGUUCCAACAGUUGAUCCUAAACAAGAGCUUCCUAGUGACAUUCAUCAACACGCUGGAAAACCAGAAGUCGUUCACGAUUCGUGACAGAGUAAAUGUGGCUUCCCUGUUGAUGAUCAUCUUCAUGGGCAGGCUGGAGUACGGAACUGACGUACUGAGGACAUUGCUACUCCAGUUGAUCGAACGCUCCACGUCCAGCAAGCACCCGCAGCUGAUGCUGCGUAGGACCGAAUCAGUCGUUGAGAAGAUGCUAACCAACUGGCUGGCCCUCAGCAUGUACGACUACCUCAAGGACUAUGCGGGCAGCUCCCUUUUCCUUCUCUUUAGUGCAAUCAAGCAUCAAGUCGAGAAAGGCCCCGUCGAUGCAAUCACUUACGACGCCAGGUAUUCCCUCUGCGAAGCACGCCUCCUUCGAGAGCAAGUUGGCUACGAGCCUGUGACAAUCCAAGUAAUUCAGGAAGACCAGGAUGACAAAAUCCACUGCAGGGUUAAUGACUGUGAUACCAUCAGCCAAGUAAAGAGCAAAAUCCUUGACAUUCUCUACAAGAACACUCCGUUCUCACUGAGGCCUUCAAUUCACGACGUUGACCUGGUAGAGUGGCGACACGGUCGCGGAGGACACCUCAUCCUCGCUGACGAGGACCUCACAACGAAGACAAUGAGUGGCUGGCGACAGCUGAACACCCUAAGGCAUUACGGCGUGAAGGAUCUUGCUGUUAUGAGCCUUGUCAUGAAACAGAAUGACUUCAGUUCAAACUGCAAUGUUUCCUUAAAUUCGGUGUCUCCCAUUAUGAUGCCUUGUGACUUGGAGCAAGGCAUUAAAUACUGGCAUCUAGUCAAGCCAGAGGAUGAAACUAUUGGCCAGCCCAAGGACAUCUAUUAUAAGGCUAUUCCAGAGAUAUUCCUCACCAGGCUACUGUCCACAAAGGGUACUGUUGAAAAGUUUGUAGAGGAUUUCUUGAAGACUAUCUUGACAGUGAACGAAGCGCUGCCACCGGCCAUAAAAUGGCUGUUUGAUCUGCUGGACGACGCAGCACAUAGUUUCGGCAUCACAGAUCCUGAAGUGCCACAUGCAUGGAAGAGCAACUGCCUUCCAUUGCGCUUCUGGGUAAACUUCAUCAAGAACCCGGACUUUAUCCUGGAUGUGCAGAAGACUCCCAUUGUAGAUUCAUCCCUGUCAGUGAUAGCGCAGACGCUUAUGGACGCCUGCUCCACGUCUGAACACCGAUUGGGGAAGGAUUCGCCGUCCAACAAGCUCCUUUUCGCCAAGGACAUCCCCAAGUACCGAGAGAAGGUUCUCAGCUUCUACCGAGGGGUGGCUGCCAUGCCCAAGGUGACAGACCAGGAGCUGUGUGCAGCAAUGCAGGCGUUAUCACUGGCUCACUCUACAGAGUUUGAACCUUCAGGUGCCGUGAAAGAGCUGUAUGUCUAUGCUGCUAAAUAUAAAGACCAGGUUUUGAACGGUCUCGAGACGGACCCCUACUGCCGGAAGCUUCAUCUGAGCCACAAGCUCCACAAUGUCGCGUGCACGCUAGAAGGGGAACAGACGUCCGUCUGUUGACACAGCAACAACAACAACAACAACAACCAGAAGGACUAUUGUUAAGGUGCUAAUUCUGCAGCCACUACUUCAUUCCAACGGGCAUUUUGAAGGCACAAGCUAUGCAAGACACACAACAGAAAGGAAAGACUUACAGGGAGCAGCAUCAACAUCUGUGACCUCACCUGCCCAACUGACUACAUGGACAAAGUGAUCGGAAAAAGCUUGCCGUCACGACAUCCGGGAGUGUGAAUGACCAGUGCGAGUAGUCCGCGUGCGAACCAGUGUGCGUGCGUGCGUGUGUGUGUGUGUUCUCGGUGUUUCGAAAGGAAAGAAACUUGCUUCGUCAACAAUGAAAAGGUGCUGUAAUUUAUAUACAUAUAUUAUAUAUAUAUAUAGAUGUACAAAGUGGAAAAAGAAAGGAAUACUCGGACUUGAGGAAAAACAUGCGGCGUCUCCUGUGUGACACUGGAAGACGGGACACUUUUUUUUAAUUUCAUUAUCGGAAGCAGGGUUUUUCCCGUACCCGUCCCAUCGGAUUGUCCGGUGACGCGUACGUUAUUUAUGAUCCAUGUGCCUGCCAUUUUAGCGAGAAAGAGAGUGAACUUUUUGGACCCCCCCCCCCUUUCCAGACUUCGGCUCUUUGUUUUUCUUUUUUGUUUUUUGUUUUUUUUUUCAUUCCGGUUUCGUCUGCCGUGGUUGACGAGUUGUGCGUUACUGCAAGACACUCUUCGGCCGAGACUUGUUGUUCACGACGCAUUUUUGUACAUUUGUAUGAUAGUGUGUAACUGUUUAUGAAAGAAGGACACAUCUUUUUUUUUAAACAUUGUUUGUUACUAUAUUAUGUGCUACAGAGUGCUGAGGAGAGAUUUUUUUUGUCUUCGCAAAGAUGCGCAUUUUGGUUAGUUAGCAAAGCCGCUAAAAGGAAACUAGCGCUCGUCUAAGUCACAACACGUUCUCAAUGCUGAGAAGUACUUUUCAUUAUAUACAAAUUGCUUUCACCCUGUAACUGUUAUGUGCAUUCUCUGCAGCAUUUUCUGCUUUUAGUUCUCACUUUUUAGCUCUGUCUAAAUGUUUUAAUAUAUGCAUUGUAUCUCUACUCAGUGUGCAUCACUUCUUAGACUUUUAUUGUUGCUGCAAAUGUCGAAAAGGAAACAAAAAGAGUUUAUCAGCCUUAUUUAUUUGGAACAGUGCAGCGAGUAUCUUACGUGAAUUUUAUGUACGCGUUCUGAAAAAAAAAAACAAGAUUUUAAACAAUGUUAUCCGUCAAUACUAUGUCCUCAAGCUGAGUAGAAACCCGCUGAAGUCAUACAGAUUCCUGAUGCACAUAUUCAGAACUCUGCAAAGCUGUGCUGGGAUUAGAAGAAGGACAGCAUACAUACUCUAAGCUACUUCGUCGCAUUUCAUUUUGCCAUUUUCUUUUAAACGUUAUCACCUGUGAUACUGAUCUCACUUGUUUCUACGCUUUAGUGCAUUCUGUAUGCCCUAAGUUGCUACCUUCAGCCACAGGUCUGGCCGUAAGAAUGGGCGUUGGAAGCAAGCACUUGUUUUCUGUGUUUGACAGCUUGCUGACCUGUACAUUUCCAGAGCUGCGUGCUGUUGUGUCCUCCUGCUACUUACCUGUUGGGAAAGCAUCCUACGUCAUAUUUUUGAUACUCAGCAUCUCCUCUGUAGCUGACAAAAAGAAAAAUAAAUGCUGAAAUACUGUACAGUUAAAA